AGAAGAGUUUUAGCUGGCUAGGACAGUGCCGCCUGAAAUUCUCAGCUUGUCAAGAUUUAAACAUAGAUUAAUGUGGCAUAAUCCCGCAUCUCCAAAGUCCAAGGUCCAUACGACCGUCCAUAGCCCCUCUCGAGGCAGUGGUAGUCCCAGCUGGUGAUUGUUUUUCAGGCAUCUACGGUAGCCACCUCAAUCUUCUAGAGCUCAAGCGCGCGCACAGACGUGAACGCCCCCGAGGGGGUUGUCGGCGAGGGGGGGGGGGGGGAUGCUUAAGUGUCUACGCAUGCGUACUGCGACACACGCAGGCGUAGUACGGUCCCCCGGGCGACGGCGGCGGCGGCUCCUCUGGGUGUUCGGCUCCCUCCCACCUAGGCCGGCCCCGGCCCGACUCGCCCUCAGAAACUCACUGUUUGGGGCUGCGGACUUUCUCGUCGUGCCCCACAAAAGUAAAGCUUGGGGGCCUGGGGGGAGCCGGAAGUAUCGCCUCGAGAUCCCCAAAUACUAUCGGGGAAACGGAAGUGGCCGUCGGUGGCAGGUUUGGGGGAGACCGGAAGUGACGAGACCUGUCGGCCAUGGAGCCUAAUGAUAGUACCAGUUCCUCUGUGGAGGAGCCUGACAGCUUGGAGGUGCUGGUGAAGACGCUGGACUCUCAAACUCGGACCUUUAUUGUGGGGGCCCAGAUGAAUGUAAAAGAGUUUAAGGAGCACAUUGCUGCCUCUGUCAGCAUCCCAUCUGAAAAACAGCGGCUCAUUUACCAGGGACGAGUUCUGCAAGAUGAUAAGAAGCUCCAGGAAUACAAUGUUGGGGGAAAGGUUAUCCACCUGGUGGAACGGGCUCCUCCUCAGACUCAGCUCCCUUCUGGGGCAUCUUCUGGGACGGGGUCUGCCUCAGCCACUCAUGGUGGGGGACCCCCGCCUGGUACUCGGGGGCCUGGGGCCUCUGUUCAUGACCGGAAUGCCAACAGCUAUGUCAUGGUUGGAACCUUCAAUCUUCCUAGUGACGGCUCUGCUGUGGAUGUUCACAUCAACAUGGAACAGGCCCCGAUUCAGAGUGAGCCCCGAGUACGGCUGGUGAUGGCUCAACACAUGAUCAGGGAUAUACAGACCUUACUAUCCCGGAUGGAGUGUCGAGGAGGACCCCAACCACAGCACAGUCAGCCACCCCCACAGCCACCAGCUGUGACCCAGGAGCCAGUAGCCUUGAGCUCUCAAACAUCAGAACCAGUUGAAAGUGAAGCCCCUCCUCGGGAGCCCAUGGAGGCAGAAGAAGUGGAGGAGCGUGCCCCAGCCCAGAACCCGGAGCUCACUCCUGGUCCAGCCCCAGCGGGCCCAACACCUGCCCCGGAAACAAACGCACCCAACCAUCCUUCCCCUGCGGAGUAUGUGGAGGUGCUCCAAGAGCUGCAGCGGCUGGAGAGUCGCCUCCAGCCCUUCUUGCAGCGCUACUACGAGGUUCUGGGUGCUGCUGCCACCACGGACUAUAAUAACAAUCACGAGGGCCGGGAGGAGGAUCAGCGGUUGAUCAACUUGGUGGGGGAGAGCCUGCGACUGCUGGGCAACACCUUUGUUGCACUAUCUGACCUGCGCUGCAAUCUGGCCUGUGCGCCCCCACGACACCUGCAUGUAGUCCGGCCUAUGUCUCACUACACCACCCCCAUGGUGCUCCAGCAGGCAGCCAUUCCCAUACAGAUCAACGUGGGAACCACUGUGACCAUGACAGGAAAUGGGACUCGGCCCCCCCCAACUCCCAAUGCGGAGGCACCUCCCCCUGGUCCUGGGCAGGCCUCGUCCGUGGCUCCGUCUUCUACUAAUGUCGAGUCCUCAGCUGAGGGGGCUCCCCCUCCAGGUCCAGCUCCCCCGCCAGCCACCAGCCACCCGAGGGUCAUCCGGAUUUCCCACCAGAGCGUGGAACCCGUGGUCAUGAUGCACAUGAACAUUCAAGAUUCUGGCACACAGCCUGGUGGUGUUCCGAGUGCUCCCACUGGCCCCCUGGGGCCCCCUGGUCAUGGCCAAACCCUGGGCUCCACCCUCAUCCAGCUGCCCUCCCUGCCCCCUGAGUUCAUGCACGCCGUCGCCCACCAGAUCACUCAUCAGGCCAUGGUGGCAGCUGUUGCCUCCGCGGCCGCAGGACAGCAGGUGCCAGGCUUCCCAACAGCUCCGACCCGGGUGGUGAUUGCCCGGCCCACUCCUCCACAGGCUCGGCCUUCCCAUCCUGGAGGGCCCCCAGUCUCUGGGACACUGCAGGGCGCCGGGCUGGGUACCAAUGCCUCAUUGGCCCAGAUGGUGAGCGGCCUUGUGGGGCAACUUCUUAUGCAGCCAGUCCUUGUGGCUCAGGGGACUCCAGGAAUGGCUCCACCACCAGCCCCUGCCACUGCUUCUGCCAGUGCUGGCACCACCAACACAGCUACCACAGCUGGCCCCGCCCCUGGGGGGCCUGCCCAGCCUCCACCCACCCCUCAACCCUCCACGGCUGAUCUUCAGUUCUCUCAGCUUCUGGGGAACCUGCUAGGGCCUGCCGGACCAGGGGCUGGAGGGCCUGGCGUGGCUUCUCCCACCAUCACUGUGGCGAUGCCUGGUGUCCCUGCCUUUCUCCAGGGCAUGACUGACUUCUUGCAGGCAACACAGACAGCCCCUCCACCACCCCCACCUCCUCCACCCCCACAGCCUGCCCCAGAGCAGCAGACCAUGCCCCCAGCAAGCUCCCCUUCUGGUAGGGCAGGGAGUCCUGGAGGCCUGGGUCUUGAGAGCCUAUCACCGGAGUUUUUUACCUCAGUGGUGCAGGGUGUGCUGAGCUCCCUGCUGGGCUCCUUGGGGGCUCGGGCUGGCAGCAGUGAAAGUAUUGCUGCCUUCAUACAACGCCUCAGUGGAUCCAGCAACAUCUUUGAGCCUGGAGCUGAUGGGGCCCUUGGAUUCUUUGGGGCCCUGCUCUCUCUUCUGUGCCAGAACUUCUCUAUGGUGGACGUAGUGAUGCUUAUUCAUGGGCAUUUUCAGCCACUACAACGGCUGCAACCCCAGCUGCGAUCCUUCUUCCACCAACACUACCUGGGUGGUCAGGAGCCCACACCUAGUAACAUCCGGAUGGCAACCCACACAUUGAUCACGGGGCUAGAAGAGUAUGUGCGGGAGAGUUUUUCCUUGGUGCAGGUUCAGCCAGGUGUGGACAUCAUCCGGACAAACCUGGAAUUUCUCCAAGAGCAGUUUAAUAGCAUUGCUGCUCAUGUGCUGCACUGCACAGAUAGUGGAUUUGGGGCCCGGUUGCUGGAGUUGUGUAACCGAGGCCUGUUUGAAUGCCUGGCCCUGAACCUGCAUUGCUUGGGGGGACAGCAGAUGGAGCUUGCUGCUGUUAUCAGUGGCCGAAUUCGUCGUAUGUCUCGUGGGGUGAGUCCCUCCUUGGUGAGCUGGCUGACCACUAUGAUGGGACUGAGGCUUCAGGUGAUACUGGAGCACAUGCCUGUAGGCCCUGAUGCCAUUCUCAGAUACGUUCGCAGGGUUGGUGAUCCCCCCCAGCCACUUCCUGAGGAGCCAAUGGAAGUUCAGGGAGCAGAAAGAGCUUCCCCUGAGCCUCAGCGGGAGAAUGCUUCCCCAGCCCCUGGAACAACAGCGGAAGAGGCCAUGUCCCGAGGUCCACCUCCUGCUCCUGAGGGGGGCUCCCGGGAUGAACAGGAUGGAGCUUCAGCUGAGACAGAACCUUGGGCAGCUGCAGUCCCCCCAGAAUGGGUGCCUAUUAUCCAGCAGGACAUUCAGAGCCAGCGGAAGGUGAAACCGCAGCCCCCUCUGAGUGAUGCCUACCUCAGUGGUAUGCCUGCCAAGAGACGCAAGACGAUGCAGGGUGAGGGCCCCCAGCUGCUUCUCUCAGAGGCUGUGAGCCGGGCAGCUAAGGCAGCUGGAGCUCGGCCCCUGACGAGCCCUGAGAGCCUGAGCCAGGACCUGGAGGCACCAGAGGUUCAGGAGAGCUACAGGCAGCAGCUCCGGUCCGAUAUACAAAAACGACUGCAGGAAGACCCCAACUACAGUCCCCAGCGCUUCCCCAAUGCCCACCGGGCCUUUGCUGAUGAUCCUUAGCUCUUUGCUCUAUGGCCCUUCCUCAUCAGGGGACCGUUUCCCCCCCUUCACAGUAUUUAAGAAAUAAAGGUCGGAUUUUUCUGGCUGCUUUCUCUCUA